AUGUUAAAAUUUUUUAAAAAGCAUCCCCCUAAAGAGGGAGAGGAGAGGGAACGUAUCAAGAAAGAAUUGUUCAGAUUUCAGAAGUGUGUUGACCAUGGCUUUCCAUCCAAACCUAGUGCCCUUGCCUAUGACCCAAAGCUUCGAUUGUUGGCCAUUGGAACCAAAUCAGGAUCGCUAAGAAUCUAUGGUACUCCAGGUUUUGAGGUCACGGCUGUCCAUGAGGGAGAUGUGUCAGUCUCUAGCAUUUUCUUCAUUCCAGAUGAGGGUCGGCUCAUCACUGCCUGCAGUGAUCACUCUCUUCAUCUGUGGGAAAUCAACAGCAGAGAUGGCACUUCUGUGUUGGAAGAGAAGCAUUUUCAGGCAUCAGAACCUGCCAAAGUGAAGAACAUGUCAGCUUGUGCCCUGAGCACUGACAGCUGCACCCUAUAUGUGGGCACGGAGAGCGGAAAUGUGCAUUUCAUUGAUGUCAAGACCCUGACAGAAACCAGCGUCGUUAACAUGGAUGCCAUCAUUCAGAAUGUUCCGGAUGAUUUCAAAGUCAGCCCUGGUGCAGUGGAGGCGAUCGCUAGCAAUCCUGUGAACAGUGACAAGGUACUGAUUGGCUUCAACAGAGGGUUAAUCACUUUGUGGGAUGCCAAAGAAAGUGUCGCAGAAAAUGCUUUCAACUCUUCAUUGCAACUGGAGUCACUCACCUGGCACAGGAAUGGUGAGGAAUUUAUCAGCUCCCACAAUGACGGCAGUUACAUUACCUGGAAUUCACGAGAUUCCUCAGCUCCUAUUGAACCUUCAGUUUCACCAUAUGGUCCCUUCCCAUGUAAGGCUAUCAACAAAUUACAGUGGAAGAUGACGAAAAAUGAGCCAAUGAUCAUCUUCUCUGGUGGAAUGCCUCGAGCCAGCUACGGAGAUCGGCAUACAGUGAGCAUCCAACAGGGAGAUAGUCACAUCGUUGCAGACCUCACAUCCAGGGUUGUGGAUUUUGUUGUUGUGUCAAAGGCUGAUGAAAAAGAUGCCGUUGAGACAGAGAGAGACGACCCUCAUGCACUCAUCAUCCUGGCAGAGGAGGAGUUGGUGGUGCUAGACCUGGAGACGGAGUCUUGGCCCAGCUUCCGCCUGCCGUACCUCAACAGUGUUCAUUCCUCAGCCAUCACUUGUGCACAGCAUGUGUCCAACGUGCCAGAGCAGCUUUGGCAAAAGAUCACAGAUGCUGGAGAUAGCCAGAAUAAGAAUUUCUCCAAAAGGGAGUGGCCCAUAAAUGGUGGCAAAAAUUUGGCAGCAGCACCUUUAACUAAGGAUCUACUUCUAACUGGACACGAGGAUGGCACUGUGAGGUUCUGGGAUUCCUCCACCUCCUGUCUACACCUGAUGUACAAGCUGAGCACCUGCCCAGUGUUUGGGAUUCCUGUCAACAAUGUUGAGUCACCAAGUGCCGAGGAGGAGGAGUGGCCACCAUUCCGCAAGGUGGGAACCUUUGACCCUUACAGCGAUGACCCUCGUUUGGCCAUUCAGAAACUAGCCCUGUGUGCACUUAGUGAAACCUUGGUGGCCGCUGGCUCUGCGGGCCAGGUGCUAAUUUUCAACAUGGAGCGACAGGAACGAGAGCAGGACCUCAAGGAGGUGAAGGUGAACAUCAUGAAUGACCAUGAAGGCUUUGUAUGGAAAGGACACAAGGCAUUGAGCUGUAAGAUUGGGGACCUCAAGUAUGCAGCAGGGUUCCAGCCCACCUGCCUAAUGCAGCUAGAUCCCCCGGCAGCUUGUACUGCUCUGGCACUGCACUCGGAGUGGCAGCUGGUGGCUGCUGGCACUGGUCAAGGAUUUGCCCUUCUGGAUUACGCGCAGAAGAAGGAAGUAGCCACAAGAUGUACACUCAACCCUAAUGACCUUUCUGCCACGUCUGACACAGCAAUGUCACGCCGGAAAUCUCUGAAGAAGUCCCUUCGUGAAUCCUUCCGGCGACUGCGCAGACGACGCUCUGAGAAGAAACACAAAGAUGACAGACCCAAAAAAGAUGAUAGAGCAGACACACAGCACAUUGAGGAAACAGCAGCGGCCGCAGCAGCAGGUGCCACAGGCUCAGAAGCAGCUGCUGGUGACUGUAAGCCUGAAGAGAGGCAGGUGGAGGCUCGCGGUGCUGAUGAUUCCAUGACUUCCAUGGUUCGCUCACUGUGUUUUGCUGAUACUUUCAUUGUCAAUGGUGCAAGCCACAGUCCAUCUCUAUGGGUGGGAACCAACGGCGGCCACAUCUUUGUGUACAGCCUCACUGUGCCAGCGUCUGACAAACGCACAGAAGACUAUGUCCAGUGUCUCUUAGCCAAAGAGAUCAAGCUGAGACACAGGGCCCCAGUCCUCAGCAUUGCAGUUAUAGACAGCAAGAACACAGUGCUGCCGGAAGCAUUUGAAGUCAUCCACGAGAGAGCCAAGGCUCCUGAUAUGGAGGGUCAGCAUUCAGUUAUCAUCUGUUCAGAAGAACAGCUGAAGACCUUCACCCUUCCCGCCCUGAAACCGAGGUGGAAGAACAAAAUUACUGCCAUUGAUGGAGCUAGGUUGAGGAAGAUCAGCUUUGUCAACUUUAGGAGACAAGGGGACAACUACAAUGAAUUUGAUAUUGCCUGUUUGACCAACACGGGUGACUUGCGAGUCUAUUCGGUGUCCACUCUAAGGAGACAGUUAUCAGCUCAAGCACUCCGCAAGGAGGACAUCAACGGAAUUUCAUCUUUUGUUUUCACCAAAGAUGGACAAGGGUUCUACUUACAGUCACCUUCAGAGUUUUCUCGCAUCACUCUGUCCACCUCCACAAGCACCGCAGCUCCCCGGUGUCAACUGGAGCUGGCUGAAGGUCUGCGGCCACCACCAGAGUCCCCACAAGAAGCUGCAGCAACAGGUGGAGCCACUGUACUCAGGCAGCCCACAGUAGAAGUGACCCCAGCCUCAGAAGAACCAUCGCAGGAAGCCCGCGGUGAGGCUGAUGCAACUUUAACCAGCGUUGACGAUUCUCCAAUGGAUUCUUCAGUGAUCUCGGGAGAUAUUACUGUCGACAGUGUCAGAGAUGUCAU